GGCGGAAAUAUAAGAAAAGUCAGUCGAAGCAGUCUGAACGAAGUGCGUCUGUUCAUUUAUAUAGUGUUUCGUUUGGAACAAUGGAGACAUAUGUUGCAGAAGGAAAUCUAUUUUCCUCAACAAUUGGUUCAACAAAGAUAUUGUUUUGAUGUCUGACACAGCAACUGAGGAUGAGGUACAGGGCCUCCGACGCCAGCUGAGGCAGAAGGAGGAGCAGAUCCAGGAGGCUGCCCGUGCCGGCUUGGAUCUUCUCAAUCAGCUCAUGGAAAUGCAGACUAGGCUGGAGGAACAGAGAAUAGAUAUGACAAGUGCUCUAGAGGGUCUUGAGCAAGACAAGUAUACUCUGCAGAGGGAAGUGGAGCUGAAAUCCAAGCUCCUUGAUUCUUUGCAAUCAGAAUUUGACUAUUUGAAGAAGCAGCAGAGACAGAAGAUGGACAAGGAAACGGAGCAACUGGAGAGGAGCCAUAAGACAACACUGAAUGAGCUCAACAACAAGAUGCUGGGAUUACAAUCUUCUUUGGAUGAGACACGGCUAAAUGAGAAACAGUUGAAAGAAAAACUUGAUGUUCAGACCGAGGUGCUGCAUAACAAGAUGGAGGAGUUACGUGUUCUCAAUCAACACACUCCAUGUUCACCAACAUCAGAGUUACUGGAGUUGCAAAACAAGGUCUUGCAUUUGGAGAAGAUCAAGUUGGAGUUGGAACUUGCACAAAAGACAUCAAAGUACAGGGAACAACAGCUGCAGUUGACCAAUAGCAGCUUACAGCACAAUCUGCAGAAAAUCACAGAGGAGAGCAACAAAGAAGUUGCCACCUGGCAGAAGGCAUUAGAGGAAUGUCGGGAGGCCAACCGAGAACUCCAGAUGCAUUUGGACACCUUCCUUCAACAAGCCCAGGACCCAGACAGUAAAGGCAACUCUCUCUUUGCUGAGUUGGAGGAUAAACGAUCUGAAAUGGAGAGAAAACUCAUCAGCAUGAAAGUCCAGUAUGAGUCUCUUCAAACACAACAUGCUUUCAACAAACAGCAGUUGCAGCGCAUGAAGGUCCAGAUUGCCACACUGAUGCAGCUCCUGGGUUCAAGGGCCGACCCCUCUCAAGUGGAGAGACUGCAGUCAAUGCUCUCUGAGAAGAAUGAAGAGAUACAUCAUUUGAUGGGCAAGCUGCAGAAACUAGAGAAGUUGGAGGUAUUGCUGAAGACCCAGGAGAGUAAUCAACCAACAGCCAGUGAUGGCCAGGAUGAAACAUAUUAUACUGACCUGCUGAAAAUGAAACUUGACAAUACAAUUAAGGAUGUGGAACGUUUAGGAGAUGAACUUUCCCUGCAAAGGAUGAAGUCCUUGUCAGAAAGCCAGAAAGCCCUGGAACUGGAGAGGAAGCUCUUCUCCUCUGAACGUCAUGUUAAAAAGGCCCAGAGCGAUAUAAUCAGACUACAGCUUAAAGUGGAGGAGCUCCAAUACAAAUAUGAACCCAAAGAAACAAAUGUUAGCUCAUCCAAGCAUGGACGGAAAGAGAAACUACCUGUUGAUCCUGCCCUGCCUUCUGAAAAUGCUGGACUUGAUAAGAACAAGGAAACGGACAUCACACAAGCUGUGAUUUCUGAGAUGGACACACGUCUUGCUGCUGAGACAACAUGCUUGUCAGAAGAUGUCCACCUGGAGCCUAAACCUGCAAAAUGUACAAAGAUUUGUGAGGAUGACCCUGCAUUCAUUCCUAAUCCCAGCUGUCAUGUGGCAGACUGCAGUGUAAUGAAAAGGAAGGAUGACCAAGAGCAACACCAGGAAAAGAAAAGGAAAGGUCAAAGAGUUGAGGUGAUCCAUGUGGGAUCUGGAAGCACUUUGGAAAAUCAGUGUUCUCAGCAGUAGAAAUGUUAUUGUACCUUUUACACUAUGAAUAUUUAUACACAGUAAGUAUACAGUAUAUCACACUGUUGUUGUAGUAACUGGAACAACUUCUCACUGCAAAAUAUUUUCAAAAUAAUUGAAUAUUACUUUCAAUUACUUUCAAAACAUCUUAUAUUGACAAUAAAGUAUAUAUUUAUGCUUUUGUGUAAACUAUUCUAUUAGUAAUUUUAGUUUUUUC